GCCCAGGCCCGGCCGCGGCCGCCGCAGGCAUGUGGGGCUCGGCGGACGAGAGCUCCGUGCGGGUGGCUGUCAGAAUAAGACCACAGCUUGCCAAAGAAAAGAUCGAAGGAUGCCACAUUUGUACGUCUGUCACACCAGGAGAACCUCAGGUCUUCCUAGGGAAAGAUAAGGCUUUCACUUUUGAUUAUGUGUUUGACAUUGACUCCCAGCAACAGCAGAUCUACACUCAGUGUAUUGAAAAACUGAUCGAAGGUUGUUUUGAAGGAUACAAUGCUACUGUGUUUGCUUAUGGACAAACUGGAGCUGGGAAGACAUACACAAUGGGUACAGGAUUUGAUGUUAACAUCGUGGAGGAGGAGCAGGGUAUUAUUUCUCGUGCUGUUAAACACCUUUUCAAGAGUAUUGAAGAAAAGAAACACACAGCAAUUAAGAAUGGACUACCUCCUCCAGAUUUUAAAGUGAAUGCCCAGUUCUUAGAGCUCUAUAAUGAAGAGGUCCUUGACUUAUUUGAUACUACACGUGACAUUGAUUCAAAAAAUAAAAAAUCAAAUAUAAGGAUUCAUGAAGAUUCAACCGGAGGAAUUUAUACUGUGGGCGUCACGACGCGUACUGUGAAUACGGAAUCAGAGAUGAUGCAGUGUCUGAAGCUUGGGGCUCUGUCCAGGACCACGGCCAGUACCCAGAUGAAUGUGCAGAGCUCUCGCUCUCAUGCCAUUUUCACCAUUCACGUGUGUCAGACCAGAGUGUGUCCCCAGAUGGACGCCGAGAAUGCAACUGAUAACAAGAUGAUUUCUGAAUCGUCACAGAUGAAUGAAUUUGAAACCCUGACUGCAAAAUUCCAUUUUGUUGAUCUGGCAGGAUCAGAAAGGCUGAAGCGAACGGGAGCUACAGGCGAGAGAGCCAAAGAAGGCAUUUCCAUCAACUGUGGGCUUUUGGCACUUGGUAAUGUCAUAAGUGCCCUGGGAGACAAGAGCAAGAGGGCCACCCAUGUCCCCUACAGAGAUUCCAAGUUGACAAGACUCCUGCAGGAUUCCCUCGGGGGCAACAGCCAAACAAUCAUGAUAGCAUGCGUCAGCCCUUCAGAUAGAGAUUUUAUGGAAACACUAAACACCCUGAAGUAUGCCAAUCGAGCUAGAAAUAUCAAGAACAAGGUGAUGGUGAAUCAAGACAGAGCUAGUCAGCAAAUCAACGCACUCCGUAGUGAGAUCACACGGCUUCAGAUGGAGCUCAUGGAGUACAAAACAGGUAAAAGAAUAAUUGAUGAGGAAGGAGUGGAAAGCAUCAAUGACAUGUUUCAUGAGAAUGCUAUGCUACAGACUGAGAAUAACAACCUGCGGGUGAGAAUUAAAGCCAUGCAGGAGACAGUGGAUGCGCUGAGGUCCAGGAUCACACAGCUUGUCAGUGACCAGGCCAACCAAGUCCUUGCCAGAGCAGGUGAAGGCAAUGAGGAGAUUAGUAAUAUGAUUCACAGUUACAUCAAAGAAAUAGAAGAUCUCAGGGCAAAAUUACUAGAAAGUGAAGCCGUGAACGAGAACCUCCGGAAAAACUUGACGAGAGCCACAGCAAGAUCACCAUAUUUCAGUGGAUCGUCGACGUUCUCUCCUACUAUAUUAUCCUCAGACAAAGAAACGAUUGAAAUCAUAGAUCUAGCCAAGAAAGACUUAGAGAAGCUGAAAAGGAAGGAAAGGAAGAAGAAAAGAAGUGUGGCUAAUAAAGAGGAUAAUACAGAUACUGACCAGGAGAAGAAGGAAGACAAAGGGGUUUCAGAGAGAGAGAGUAAUGAGCUGGAAGUGGAAGAGUGCCAAGAAGUGAGUGAUCAUGAGGAGGAGGAAGAAGAGGAGGAGGAGGAGGAAGAUGACAUGGAAGGGGGAGAAAGCUCUGAUGAUUCAGAUUCCGAAUCAGAUGAAAAAGCCAACUACCAAGCAGACUUGGCGAACAUUACUUGUGAAAUUGCGAUUAAGCAAAAGCUGAUUGAUGAGCUAGAAAACAGCCAGAAGAGGCUGCAGACACUGAAAAGGCAGUAUGAGGAGAAGCUGAUGAUGCUGCAGCAUAAGAUCCGGGACACUCAGCUGGAGAGAGACCAGGUGCUUCAGAACCUGGGUUCAGUAGAGUCUUACUCCGAAGAAAAGGCAAAAAAGGUUAAGUCCGAAUAUGAGAAGAAGCUGCAAGCCAUGAACAAGGAAUUGCAGAGGCUUCAGGCAGCUCAGAAGGAGCACGCCAGGCUGCUGAAAAAUCAGUCUCAGUAUGAAAAGCAGCUGAAGAAACUGCAGCAGGAUGUGAUGGAAAUGAAAAAAACAAAGGUUCGUCUAAUGAAGCAAAUGAAAGAAGAGCAAGAGAAAGCCAGAUUGACGGAGUCUAGAAGAAACAGAGAGAUCGCACAGUUGAAAAAGGAUCAGCGUAAAAGAGACCAUCAACUUAGACUUCUAGAGGCCCAGAAAAGAAACCAAGAAGUGGUUCUUCGUCGCAAAACUGAAGAGGUCACAGCUCUUCGCCGGCAAGUCAGGCCCAUGUCAGACAGAGUGGCUGGGAAGGUCACUCGCAAGCUGAGCUCGUCGGAGACUCCUGUUCAGGACACUGGCACCAGUGCCUCCGCAGUGGAAGCAGACGCAUCUCGGGCAGGGGCCCAGCAGAAGCUGAGGAUUCCUGUGGCAAGAGUCCAGGCCUUACCAACGCCCACAAGCAAUGGAGCCAGGAAAAAAUACCAGAGGAAAGGACUGCCGGGCCGAGUAUUCACUUCCAAAACAGCCCGCAUGAAGUGGCAGCUGCUCGAGCGUAGAGUCACCGACAUCAUCAUGCAGAAGAUGACCAUCUCCAACAUGGAGGCCGACAUGAACCGGCUGCUCACGCAACGAGAAGAACUCACAAGAAGACGAGAGAAGCUUUCAAAACGAAGGGAGAAGAUGGUCAAGGAGAAUGGAGAGGGAGAUAAAAAUGUGGCUAACAUCAACGAGGAGAUUGAGUCCCUGACAGCAAAUAUAGAUUACAUCAACGACAGUAUUUCUGAUUGUCAAGCCAACAUCAUGCAGAUGGAAGAGGCAAAGGAAGAAGGUGAGACACUGGAUGUCACUGCAGUCAUUAACGCUUGCACACUUACCGAAGCCCGGUACCUGCUAGAUCACUUCCUGUCAAUGGGCAUCAAUAAGGGUCUUCAGGCUGCCCAGAAAGAGGCUCAAAUUAAAGUACUCGAAGGUCGACUUAAGCAAACGGAAAUAACCAGUGCUACCCAAAACCAGCUCUUAUUCCACAUGUUGAAAGAGAAAGCAGAGUUAAAUCCUGAGCUGGAUGCUUUGCUAGGCCAUGCUUUACAAGAUCUAGAUAGCGUACCAUCAGAGACUGUAGAGGAUAGUACUGAUGAGGAUGCACCUUUAAACAGCCCAGGGUCAGAAGGAAGCACACUGUCCUCCGACCUCAUGAAGCUUUGUGGUGAAGUCAAGCCCAAGAGCAAGGCCCGAAGGAGGACCACCACUCAGAUGGAACUGCUGUAUGCAGAUAGCAGUGAGCUAGCUUCAGACACUAGCACAGGAGGGGCCUCCUUGCCUGGCCCUCUCACGCCUGUUGCAGAAGGGCAAGAGAUUGGAGUGAAUACUGAGACCAGUGGUGCUUCUGCUGGGGAGAAAGAGCUUCCUCCCCCAGCGGGCUUGCCUUCUAAGAUAGGCAGCAUUUCCAGACAGUCAUCUCUAUCAGAAAAACGAAUCCCAGAGCCUUCUCCUGUCACAAGGCGAAAGGCAUAUGACAAAGCAGAAAAACCAAAAGCUAAGGAACAAAAACACUCAGAUUCUGGAACCUCAGAGGCUAGUCUUUCACCUCCUUCCUCCCCACCAAGCCGGCCCCGUAAUGAGCUGAAUGUUUUUAACCGUCUUACUGUGUCUCAGGGAAACACAUCAGUUCAGCAGGAUAAGUCUGAUGAGAGUGACUCUUCUCUGUCGGAAGUACACAGGGGCAUCAUCAACCCAUUUCCUGCUUCGAAAGGAAUCAGGACGUCCCCACUUCAGUGUGUCCACAUAGCUGAAGGGCACACAAAAGCUGUGCUGUGUGUGGAUGCUACUGACGAUCUCCUGUUCACUGGAUCCAAAGAUCGGACUUGUAAAGUGUGGAAUCUAGUGACUGGGCAGGAGAUAAUGUCGCUGGGAGGCCACCCCAACAAUGUCAUUUCUGUAAAGUACUGUAAUUAUACCAGUCUGGUCUUCACUGUGUCAACAUCUUAUAUUAAGGUGUGGGAUAUCAGAGACUCCGCAAAGUGCAUCCGGACACUGACGUCUUCUGGUCAAGUUACCCUUGGGGAUGCUUGUUCUGCAAGCACCAGCCGGACAGUCACGAUCCCUUCUGGAGAGAACCAAAUCAACCAGAUUGCACUGAACCCCACUGGCACUUUCCUCUACGCGGCCUCUGGAAACGCCGUCAGAAUGUGGGAUCUUAAAAGGUUUCAGUCCACAGGAAAGUUAACGGGACACCUGGGCCCUGUGAUGUGCCUGACUGUGGAUCAGAUCUCCAGUGGACAGGACCUCAUUGUCACUGGAUCCAAGGACCAUUACAUCAAAUUGUUUGACGUAACUGAAGGCGCUCUUGGAACUGUGAGUCCCACCCACAAUUUUGAGCCUCCUCAUUAUGACGGCAUAGAAGCACUGACCAUUCAAGGGGACAACCUCUUCAGUGGGUCCAGAGACAAUGGGAUCAAGAAAUGGGACUUGGCGCAGAAAGACCUGCUUCAGCAAGUUCCGAACGCACAUAAGGACUGGGUCUGUGCCCUGGGAGUGGUGCCGGGCCACCCGGUUUUGCUCAGCGGCUGCAGAGGGGGCGUUUUGAAACUCUGGAACGUGGACACCUUUGCUCCCGUCGGCGAGAUGAAGGGGCACGAUAGUCCCAUCAACGCCAUUUGUGUGAAUUCCACCCACAGUUUUACCGCAGCUGAUGAUCGAACUGUGAGGAUCUGGAAGGCUCGCAAUUUGCAAGAUGGUCAGAUUUCUGACACGGGAGAUCUGGGAGAAGAUAUUGCCAGUAAUUAAACAUGAAUGAAGCUAAGUCAUGAACUAAAUACUGUGAUACACUAUAUGUUCUUUGUGGAAAAUUCUGUCUUGCAUUUAUUAGGUAAAACCCACGAAUGGGAUAAACUGGAAAAUAUAUCUGAAUCCAGCUACUGAAUAGACGUGGUAUUCUAAUAAAACUGUACUAUCCUGUGUACUCAAUUUCAAUAUUGCCCAACACAUACAUAUCCUACAAUUGAUGUUUUGCUUGAUUUGCACUUCUUUAUUGGCUGGAUUUUUUGUGCCUAGCUAUUAAAAAAAAAACUUCAAAUUAUUUGAAUUAUAAGAAGUCUGCCUCCGUGACAGUCAGAAAUACACCUGGAAUACAGCCCACCUCCCUGGUAACUCGUUCGUGCAGUCUGUGCACACAGUUGACGUGUCAAACACACUGGAGAUAUUAGCCACUUUGCCAUCUGCUUGUCUGGCAUUGGUAUCAGUUGUUAGAAGGUUCCCAGAUUUGAAAGCUGUUCCAUGUCAUGGAGAAUAAUAAGAGAGCAAGAUAAGAUCAGUGAUCUUUCACUGUGUGGCAUUGGCCUUAGACUACUAACAAAGACUCUCACAGUUGUGUUCGGUGCCGGCAUUUCCUUGUAUUGACCAAAGCUUUGCAUCUGUGCUAUCUAUCCUCUGUGCUCAGGACUAAAAUGCUAUCACAUGGUUGUUUUGUUAGUGCUGUGCAUACGUUCUGUGAUGGGAAACAUUUGAUGUCCUAACAGAAAAAUAUUUUGAUCUAUUUUCCUAUGGAGUUGUUUCUAUUAUUGCCUUUUAAUUUCUUUUUUAUUUAAUGGUAGUAUCGCCUUCCCCUUUUACCUAAUUUUUUAUAUGCUGCUAAAUAUAUUUUAAACACACUAGGUUUGCAAACCUUGGUAGCUGUGACGAGAAGUAUUAUCACGAGUGGUGGGAGAAGCUAUGUACAUAGGUAGAUUGUAAAGAGAGACUAUGUUGUGUUGUAUCUGUAUGAAUUUUUUAAUGCUGUAGAUUGGAUUUUGCAAAAGGAUGUAUAAUGAUCUGUCUUCUCAGAAUAUUAAUUUGUAAAUUCUGCGAGUUUAAUUUUUAUGUAGAAUGUGUAACAUUUGAAAAUAUUGUCUUAUGUGAUUUUUACCCCUGCAAAUAUUUGCUUGUAAAUGAAGGCUUAGCUUGUGCUUAAAUAAACAUAUUGCUAUGAAUUAUU